GAUGAAGAUGAUGGAAGAAGGGAUUAGAGGUUAAACAAAUUAGGAUUAAUGUUUGGAUCUUUCUUCAGUUUGAAUUUGUGACCAAAAUUGGAGUUUUUAUGUGGGUGAUUAUGGUGGAUUUUGGUGAGUAGUGGAGGGGAAAAUCUAAUUUUGUGGGCAAAAAAAACUUUAGUCCCUCAAAAGAAAAUCUGAUUUAGUCCUUCAAUUGAUAUAUCCAUCUUCCUAGUCAUCUUCCACGUGACAUGACAGUCAGCAGAUGAUGUUUGAGUGCCAUAUCACCCUUUGCUGGACAUGCAAUCAAUGGAGGCUAAGGUGAGGGCAAAAAUCAGGAAAUAUACAAGUUUGAGGGACCCAAAUAGACAAUAUAGCUAAGGGGGCCAAAAACAUUUAACCCAAUUUCUUCUUUUUCAACUCCUUGCCUCCUUGACAUCCGGACCAAGUGACUUAAAUCGUGUGUUUCUAUUCAGUGAAUUCCAUUCACACAAGAAAAAUUAUUGUUUGAUGAGAGCUUGUCCUGAAAAAGCGUAGAGAUCCACAACAUUUGGGUUUGUUAGUCAUAACUUAGACCCUUUGACCCCUCUCUAACAUGUCAUUGGUUGAAACAGCAAUCAUAUUGUCCAGUACCCUUUGAUCCAAUAAAAACAUGCUAUUGAAUUAAAUUUAAGUAUUACUCAACAAAUACAAAAUUGAAUUUCAACGGUUGAAAGCAAGGAUUGAACGGGACAGGAAAUGAGACACGAAUUUGGGACAGAGGAUCUAGAUCUUGAUAGUAAAUAGCCUUGUUACAUUUACCCAAGAGGAAGUAACAACCAAAUUACAUUCACUACUCUCAUUCUUUCUCUAGGAAAAUGACUACAUAUGGAACAAUCUCAGAGGAAUCAGAGGUUUUAUCUGAUUCAAACCCAUUCUUAUCACAAGUAACCAAAGAUCGAAUCGAGGCGGGUCUAGGCACAACAAGACCAUGGAAGGAAAUGAUCCAACCUUCACAUUUCAAACUCCCACCAUCCUUCUUCGGAGCAAUCCAAAGAGUCAACACAAAUGCGAAACAUUUUCGCGCGAACUAUGUGAUCAUCAUAUUGCUAGUGCUGUUCCUCAGUUUACUAGGACAUCCUAUUUCCCUGAUCAUCUUAGUUGUCAUGAUGAUUGCAUGGCUGUUCUUGUAUUUCCUAAGAGACACCCCUUUGGUGAUCAUGAGGUUUCAGAUCGAUGAGAGGUUGGUGGUUAUCUCUUUGCUGUUGGUGACCGUUGGUUUGCUUGUUCUAACGGAUGUGACACGUAAUGUGACAGUAGGUAUGUGUGUUGCAUUGGUGGUUGUGUUGGCUCAUGCUGUGAUGAGAGAAACAGAGGAUCUGUUCACUAUGGAUGAGGAUGUAGAGAUUGUAUCUGGUGUUAGAGAGGUUGUCAAAGUCCCUCUUAGGCAACCUGGUUCAUCUUCUUUUACAUUGCCUUAGUUAUCAUACUAACAACAAGAUUUCUUGUCACAUAAUUGAGUUUAUUCCCUCCUUGAUUGAUUCUUGAUUGUCCAAUAUAUUGUUAAUCCAAAUUUGAAUGGCUUUGUUAUCAA